GGCGGCGGGGCCCGCGCGUGCGGCCGCGUCUCGGGCUGGGCCGCGGCGGGCCAUGGUGCUGGACGGGCCGUGGGCCGAGCUGACCGGCGCGGGGGCCGCCCUGGCCUGCUGCGUGGUGGCGGCCGCCGUGGCGCUGCGCUGGUCCGGCCGCCGGACGGCGCGGGGCGCGGUGGCCCGGGCGCGGCGGAAGCAGCGGGCGGCCCUGGACACGAUGGACCGGGCGGCGCGGCGCUUCCGGCUCCAGAACCCGGACUUGGACUCAGAGGCCCUGUUGGCGCUCCCCCUGCCUCAGCUGGUAGAGAAAUUGCACAGCGGGGAGCUGUCCCCUGAGGUGGCCCUCUUCACCUAUGUGGGCAAGGCCUGGGAAGUGAACAGAGGGAUCAACUGUGUGACCACGUACCUGAGCGAGUGCGAGACUCAGAUGACCCAGGCCCCCCGCCGCGGCCUGCUCUACGGCGUCCCCGUGAGCCUCAAGGAGUGCUUCAGCUAUAAGGGCCAGGACUCGACGCUGGGCUUGAGCCUGAACCAGGGGGUGCCGGCGGAGAGCGACAGCGUGGUGGUGCAGGUGCUGAAGCUGCAGGGGGCCGUCCCGUUCGUGCACACCAACGUCCCCCAGUCCAUGUUCAGCUAUGACUGCAGUAACCCCCUCUUCGGGCGGACCCUGAACCCGUGGAAGUCAUCCAAGACCCCCGGGGGCUCCUCGGGGGGCGAGGGCGCCCUCCUUGCUGCAGGAGGCUCCCCGCUGGGCCUCGGCACCGACAUCGGAGGCAGCAUCCGCUUUCCCUCGGCCUUCUGCGGCAUCUGCGGCCUCAAGCCCACCGGGAACCGCCUCAGCAAGAGCGGCCUGAAGGGGUGUGUCUAUGGACAGCUGGCAGUUCAGCUCUCCGUCGGCCCCAUGGCCCGGGACGUGGAGAGUCUGGCGCUCUGCCUGCGAGCACUGCUGUGUGAGGACAUGUUUCGCUUGGACCCUUCCGUGCCCCCCUUGCCCUUCAGGGAGGAGGUCUACCGGAGCUCCCGGGCCCUGCGCGUGGGUUACUAUGAGACGGACAACUACACCAGGCCCACCCCGGCCAUGAGGCGGGCCCUGCUGGAGACCAAGCAGAGUCUGGAGGCUGCUGGCCACACGCUGGUCCCCUUCCGGCCCAAUGACAUCCCCUACGCGCUGGAGGUCCUGUCGACCGGCGGGCUCUUCAGUGAUGGUGGCCACAGCUUCCUGCAGAACUUCAAAGGUGACUUUGUGGACCCCUGCUUGGGGCACCUGAUCUUAAUCCUGAAGCUGCCCAACUGGGUGAAAGGACUGUUCACUUUCCUGCUGAAGCCCGUGCUCCCAAGGCUGGCCAGGUUCCUCGGCAGCAUGCGAUCUCGGUCAGCGGUGAAGCUCUGGGAACUGCAUCGUGAGAUCGAGAUGUACCGCCACUCUGUCAUCACUCAGUGGAAAGCGCUGGAACUGGACGUGCUGCUCACCCCCAUGCUGGGCCCUGCCAUGGACCUGAAUACCCCCGGCCAUGCCACAGGGGCUGUCAGCUACACGUUGCUCUACAACUGCCUGGAUUUCCCGGCGGGUGUGGUGCCGGUCACCACGGUGACCAGCGAGGACGAGGCCCAGAUGGAGCAGUACCAGGGCUACUUUGGGGACCUCUGGGACAACGUGCUGAAGAAGGCCAUGAGGAAUUGCGUGGGGCUGCCUGUCGCCGUGCAGUGCGUGGCCCUGCCCUGGCAGGAAGAGCUGUGUCUGCGGUUCAUGCGGGAGGUCGAGCGACUGAUGACACCCAAGAAGCAGCUGUCCUGAGGACCCGAGUCCACGCCUCCCCGAGGCACGGCCACCCACUGCGAGGAAUCUUUCAGCCUGGGCCUGGUGCUUCCACGUGUCCCCUCCUGACCCCCGCACAACGCUCAGGCCCCGAGUCGAGACCCGUGGCAGCCUGUGGGUGUGGCAUGUGGACAGCCCGUCCUCAUCUGUGCCCUUUCUGGCCUGCCUUGUCCGGACCCCAGAGCCUUCCAGAAUUCCGGACCGGGCCUUCGAGAGUCUGGCACCAGCCACGUCGGUCUCCUGCUGCGGAAAUGCCCCUGGUUCCCCUCCCCCGCAGGGUGGACUCUGGCCUCUGGAGUUUGGCCUGCCCCCCACACUGCCCCUCACUCAGACUGGAUCCCGUUUUGCAGGCUGUUGCCUUUUUUCUUGCCCCGCCCUCUGCCCAGGAUGCCCGCAGCUCCUCUUCGAUUAAAUCGUUGACACCCAGC